UCUCAUUUUCCUUUCGUAAGGACUGGGAUUUAGCUCUUUGUUUGGUGCGUGGCUGGUAUAUUUCGUAUCAGCGAAGGGAAUUCCGAGUUCGAAUUCACGUAAUGGCUCCAAAAGCUGAGAAGAAACCCGCUGAAAAGAAGCCGGUGGCCGAGAAAUCGCCAGUAGCUGAAAAGAAGGCGCCUCCAAAGGCAGAGAAGAAGCUGCCCAAGGAAGGAGGGGACAAGAAGGGCAAGAAGAAGCACAAGAAGAGCGUAGAAACGUACAAGAUAUAUAUUUUCAAGGUUUUGAAGCAGGUUCACCCAGAUAUUGGUAUUUCCAGCAAGGCUAUGGGGAUUAUGAACAGCUUUAUCAAUGAUAUAUUUGAGAAGUUGGCCAAUGAGGCUUCCAGAUUGGCCAGGUAUAAUAAGAAGCCUACAAUUACAUCGCGGGAGAUUCAGACGGCUGUGAGGCUCGUUCUUCCCGGGGAGCUGGCGAAGCACGCUGUUUCCGAGGGUACAAAGGCCGUUACCAAGUUUACCAGCGGUUGAUUUGCGCCUCACGUUCGAUGACGGUGUCUGUUGACGCCAUCUAUGAAAUGGAGGUGCUAAAAACCCUGAACUGUACUUUGAGGUUUUUGUCUGUAUGGUAAGUAGAUAGUUGGCUGGAAGUUUACAGAAUUAGGGCUUUAGUUUGGGUUAAUUUAACUUUUGUGGGAUUCUAGGGUUUCCUUAGGCCGGUAUUUAAUCGACUCUGGGGGCUUCAAUCUUGAUCCUUGUAUUAUUUGUCUACUGUAUCAAGACUUUUAAUUGGACGCCAUGGGAAACAUCAAUUGGCUAUUUAAGUUAUAUGAUUAUGUUAUUCUUAA